AUGAUCUCGCUCGAGCUUGCUGCCAAGCCCAUGGCUGAGCUGGGCGUUCAUUUAUCGUGGUCGCACAUUGCACCUGCCUGCAGACAUAUCCCGUGCCUCAAAAUCCUGGCCAUUGAGGCUGCAGCGACACCAUUUCAUUGCAGACCUCCUCCCCUGUUCAUCUUCCUGGCCACAGCAUUUCCCGGGAGCCCAAAUGAGUGGGCUGAUGCAACAGGGAAAAUUCUCUCACCGGUGCAGUUCAUGGCUUAUUCUCAAACAUUGAGAGCGAGUCUACAAGAUAGGGCAGCGAAUGAGAGAACUUUUAAGAUGGAUCUGGGGCCGGCUCUUGGGUUGUGGCUUGCAGGAAACCUGAAAUUCAGCUCGAUAGCUGACAGUGUUGCCAGAAAAUCGCGCAAUGUUGAGACUGCGAAAUAUUGUGAGAAGAGUGCUGGAACCUUGGACGUAAAGAUUCGGGGGUUGGUUGCACAUAAUUCAAAAUUGAGCCCUCCGGGGCUAUUAGGCAGGACGACAGGUACAAUUGCUGUUCCAGGAGCGGUUGAUAUCGCUAGAGAGCUUUCUACAUUUCCUUAUCUUAUUUCUAUUACAUGCGCUCUCCAUUUUUCCGACACCGAAAACGAUGAGGGUAUCCCGUCGCUCAAUUUGAAAGCAAGCUUCUCCUCCGUCUACAAAUUAUCUUCUUUCAAUGUGGAAUGUUUGAAGCUCGCUCAACUUAACAUUGCUGCUGAUUGGAUGAGGUUCGCUAGUGCUAACUCGAUUCGCGGGACUUCCCUCAACGUAUGUGAACAGCCUCUCUUGUACUGCCUAACCAAUGAAUCUGGCCCAUUGUCGUACUAUUUAAGCCCUGGAUUUAUUCUUUACACUGGCUUCUUCUGCUUCCGAAACUCAUCACUACAGCCAUUAACUCGGGCCUCGUCAUGUCAGUACUUCGAGCAAUUUGUAUUCAAUACCUUGAGCGCUACUUACCGCCGUGCUUCCGCAAGCUACUCUUUCCUCACAACCAAUACUCCCAAAAGCAUGUUUCCAGUCGGCAGCCCAAGUUCCCGACCGUCAAUGCGCACAAUUCCCGGACUAUGGCAUCUCUACGAUCCCACCAAAGACAUAACCAGACGAAUCAGAUUUGACAUACCAGACAGCUAUAUUUACAGUACUCCAUCCAAAGACGGUGUAAUUGUCCUUGAAAAUGCCACAAUACCUGACAUCGGAUUUCUGAACCUUUCUGGUAUUCAUCCACCCCAAACCCGGUUCUCAGACUCCAAAUGUGAAGACGAAUGUUGCAAAAAUUUGUUGCUCCCAGAUGCUGGAUGUAUUAAUGGGCUUGAAGAGGAGAGAGAGUCUGCACCUACGCUGGGGAGAGGACGUGGUGGAAUACCAUUACGUGGGGUUAUGGAAAAAACGAUGAUAGAUUUGUGCCAUACGAGGAAUUAUGAAGUCUUGAAGGAGUGGCUUGAGGGAGAAAAGGUCAAGAGUGUGGGAGACUAUGUAGGGAAUGAGAGAAUGGAGAGCACGGGGAGAUGCGAGAUACUUGGCGAAUUUAACACCAGAGAAAUAGUCUGGGCAGCCUCCGCAGACAAGAAGAUGCGGAAUCACAAGCGUAAACGGCCAGUGCAAGAACACGAACCUCUCUACUGGCCACCUCCCACGUUCGGGCCUCCCAAUGCUGCUCGUGCUGGUUUGAAUGACAAAGGAGCGAAUACUCAGAUAAGAAGCCCUCUUGGUACUGAGAGUAAUGCAACGCUUCAGCUGAGCAGUCCCCAGAAGAAAACGCUUGAAAUAGACUUCAGUCCGUAUCCACUCUGGGACGGAGGACCACCUCCUGAAAUGUAUAACGGUAACGAGCUGAUGAACCUCGAUAUUUGCCUGCAUAUCUUUAACCCAGAUCUAAAGCUUCGCUGUCUUACAGGCGUGGACGGGUUGAGUCAUCUCUUAACCUAUGGUUUCAAGGGUGAUACCUAUUCGCCAGGUGGCCAGGGACCCCAAUACAACGGUGUUUCUCGCCUCUUCCUCGACCGCACUGGGAGGAGGGGAAGAGAGGAGGGAGAGGGAAGGGGAGGGUGUAGACUCUUGAACAGACAGAAGAAUGAAUCACGAGUAAGCCAUCUUCGUUCCAAGGUCAUGUUUGUGAACACCCAAAUUCCAACAGAAGUCAACAAUCUCUACACGAUAGGCGUAUAUCGUAUACCUUUUGUUAUCCACGUUGACCAUUCACUCCUACUCCGCAAUUCCCUCUACAUCCCCCAUCCACCCACAUCUCAUCCUAUCAAGUCCUUCAUGAAGAAGAGCUUCAUACCAUUUAGCGGCUUUCUAAACAUAAACCCUUUCUCCCCCCCUUGGCACGUUUCGCCGAAAAACUCCCUCAUUGCCAACGUGGGCUUCUGGAUUAAGUUGAAAAGAUGGGGUGACUCAGUGAGUGGAAGGAUGUCUUGGUGUUCUUUCCAAUCGCGGGAAAUCGGCAUAAUUGCUGUUUCAACAACUGGAGGCCUUUCGACUAACACCUUAAUAAGACUGCGCUUCUGCUCCUUGAGGAUCCUCGGGCUCAUUAACGUGGAAGUGGGCGAUAAAUGGAAAGAUGAAGGGAGAAGUUUCAUGGCGGAUCAACCUGCAUGUGGCGAGGAUUUGGACCAGCACGCCUUCCAUGACAAGCGUGAUAUUACCCUGCGAGCCCUUAGCAUUAAGUUUGUUGUCGGGGGUGUGACGGAAGAUUUGGAUGUGAAGAGUAAUAUGGUCCGCUCUUGCCGUAUUAUCGUAAAUGCAUGGACUACCCAUGUUCUCUCCUUACAAUCUCCCGCUGCUUCCUAUUCCUCAUUAUUGAAAUUGGUUAUACCUAUAUCUCCACCUUUUGAAGCAUCUGCUACGGCAAUCCCACUAGAAGGAAGUACACCUUGA